AUGGGCCUUGAAUUCAUCUGGAUCGAUGCUUUAUGCAUUUUGCAAGACAGUGAUAAGGACAAAGGAAACGAGAUUGCCAGAAUGAGGGACUAUUAUCAGAAGAGCGUACUCACAAUAUGCGCCGCUUCCGCUUCGCAUUGCGCGCAAGGACUAUUUGACAUCAAACGACCAUCAUACGGAAUGGGUCCAAUCAAGUUGGCAUUCCAGCCAGCUGAUGGGAAGCCUGGUCACAUCUUCUUAUCCACCACGCCUGGUCCGCAACCUGAGGUCCUGACGACUCGAGGAUGGACUUUACAGGAGUCUAUGCUAUCACGAAGAAUGAUCAUAUUUGCCCAAGACCAACUCUACUGGUCAUGCCAAACGAGCUACUCGGCCUGCUCGGGCGUCAUGAUCAACCGGUCUUUCGGGGGACCCGAGAGCCUUGUGGACAACAUCUACCCGAUCACGACUCUAUAUGAGCGACCUCUGCAGAGCCAGUGGGAGGCGAUCGUCAGGAAUUACUCAAGACGCCAUUUUGGAUUCGCCGCAGACAAGCUCCCGGCAGCUUCUGGUUUGGCAAGCGUCGUUCACGACAUUGCCCGAAGCCGAGGUUUCGACAAGUACGUUUUCGUCGCAGGCUUGUUCAUCGACAUGAACCAACCUCAUUCCUGGGCGGACGAGUUACAGUGGUGCACCCGUUCUAUAGACGCCAGCCGUUACGACGACUACGUCGCUCCGUCAUGGUCAUGGGCGAGUGUUAAUGGUGCCGUUCACGUGUAUCCUCGAGGUGUCCACAAAGCUCCAAGAGAGUCAAGUCCCCCAUUCUUCACCGUCGAGGACUACGGCGUCACUCUUGUUGAUCGACGGAUACCCUACGGCGCUGUAACGAAUGGCUUUCUCGCACUCAAGGCAAGACUGCGCAGCUUUCCUGGAAUGGUAUCACUGGAUGGCAUUGACAUCAUCUCCGCGUUGGAAGAUGCCACACGGGAUGAUCGUCCCAGGGAAAGCCAGCUGCAAGCAGUUACCAACCCGUACUUGGAGAUUAUCGCAGAUACUAGAGAGUCCCAGUCGCUGAUAGAGGUGAGUUCUGCAGAUACAGGGGUAUUUCUCCUGCGAAUGGGCCCUGCGAGUGGUCUGUUAGUCACAGGCCCGGGUUUGGCGGAAGGGUACCGACGACUCGGGUAUUUCGAAGUGCAAGACAACGAAAAGGGUGGCAAGUCACUAAGCAAGUCUACAGAGGCCAUCACGGACCUGGUUUUUGAGCAGGAGCAAUUUCAGAGCAUCUUGUUGGUGUAG